GCUUAGCUGUCUGCCGCUUCUCGAGGGUGAAAGCUGCGCAGACGAAAACCCAUUGAAACUCAUUUCAUCGUGGUUUAUUUUUACCAACAAAUAGGGUAAAUCAUGAAGUUAAAUAUAUCGUAUCCUGCGACAGGAUGCCAAAAACUGUUCGAAAUUGUGGAUGACCACAAAAUAAGAAUUUUUUUUGAUAAACGUAUGGGAUCCGAGGUCCAAGCAGAUCCACUGGGUGAUGAUUGGAAGGGAUACAUUUUCAAAAUUACUGGCGGGAACGACAAACAAGGAUUUCCUAUGAAACAAGGCGUUCUCACCAACGGAAGAGUGAGAUUGUUGCUGUCUGAAGGCCAUUCAUGUUUCAGAACCCGUAGAGAUGGUGAACGUAGGAGAAAAUCUGUUCGUGGUUGCAUUGUUGAUGCAAAUUUAAGUGUAUUGUCUCUGGUUGUUGUUCGUAAGGGUGAAAAGGACAUUCCUGGUCUAACUGACACAAAUGUUCCCAGAAGGUUGGGACCAAAACGUGUUAAUAAAAUCAGAAAACUCUUUAACUUGACUAAGCAAGAUGAUGUAAGACAAUAUGUGGUGAAACGGCCUUUGCCUGAGAAAGAGGGCAAGAAGCAACGUUUUAAGGCCCCAAAGGUGCAGCGUAUAGUCACCCCCCAGGUUUUGCAAAGAAAACGUCAUCGUUUGGCUUUGAAGAAAAAGCGCUGCUUAAAACGUAAAGAUGAGUCAAAUGCCUACAAAAAAUUAUUGGCUCAAAGGCAAAAAGAGUCGAAACAACGUAGGCAAGAAAUGAAGAGGCGCAGAUCGGCUAGUUUAAGGGAGAGCAAAAGUAGCAUUGACAGUUAAGUUUAGCAAUAAAAAAAUAUUGGUUUAAGCCAAAUAUUAUUUUUGGUUUAAACAAAUAUUUAAACUUUGCUAAAACGUAGUUAACAUAGGAUAAAAGUGCAUUGCUUCUGUAUUUUCAAUAAAUUGAUUGGAUUUAAAAAUUUAUGUUAUAUGCCAAGCAGUAUAGGGGUAGUUUAUUUUAAAAUACGUUUAAGUUUUCUUUUUGUAAUAUAACUUAUUUAACAUUAAUAAAGAGUUUAAAUAUCA